ACGGCUUCCGGCUCGGCUCGGGCGUGGAGUGAUCGGAGCGCGCGCAGUCAUGGACCGCAACCCGUCACCGCCGCCCCCGAGUCGGGACGACGAGGACACGGAGGUGGCGGGGGGAGACUGUAUCGGGAGCACUGUGUACAGCAAACACUGGCUCUUCGGUGUCCUGUCCGGGCUUAUCCAGAUUGUCACACCUGAAAACACCAAAUCCAAGUCAGAAGAUGAGGAGCAGCAGGUGGAGCUUGAUGAAGAAAUGGAAAAUGAAAUUUGCAAAGUAUGGGAUAUGUCAAUGGAUGAGGAUGUAGCUUUAUUUCUCCAAGAAUUUAAUGCUCCUGACAUAUUUAUGGGUGUAUUGGCCAAAUCCAAGUGUCCUCGAUUAAGAGAAAUCUGUGUGGGAAUUUUAGGGAACAUGGCCUGUUUCCAGGAGAUAUGUGUGUCUAUCAGCAGUGAUAAAAAUCUUGGGCAGGUGUUACUGCACUGUUUAUAUGAUUCGGACCCACCUACUCUGCUGGAGACAAGCAGGUUGUUGCUUACUUGCCUUUCCCAGACAGAAGUGGCCAGUGUCUGGGUGGAAAGGAUCCGGGAGUAUCCCGCUGUUUAUGAUAGCAUUUGUUUCAUCAUGUCAAGCUCAACAAAUGUUGACUUGCUGGUGAAGGUGGGGGAGGUUGUGGAUAAGCUCUUUGAUUUGGACGAGAAACUAAUGUUGGAAUGGAUUAGAAAUGGGGCUGCUCCGCCUCCGGACCAGCCACAGGAAGACUCUGAAGAGCAACCCGGGUUUAAGAUUGUGCCCUGUGUACUGGAGGCUGCCAAGCAAGUACGUUCUGAGAACCCAGAAGGGCUUGAUGUUUACAUGCGUAUCUUCCAGCUCCUUACCACAGUGGACGAUGGGAUUCAAGCAAUUGUACAGUGUCCUGAGACUGGGAAAGACACUUGGAAUUUACUUUUUGACCUGGUCUGCCAUGAAUUCUGCCAGUCUGAUGACCCGCCCAUCAUCCUUCAAGAACAGAAAACAGUGUUGGCCUCUGUUUUUUCUGUGUUGUCAGCCAUCUAUGCUUCACAGGCUGAACAGGAAUAUCUAAAAAUAGAAAAAGUAGACCUUCCUUUAAUUGACAGCCUAAUUCGGGUGUUAGAAAAUGUGGAACAUUGUCAGAAAAAAUCAGAAAACUCAACAGAGUCUAACACAGGAGAAGCUCAAAAGCCUGAUUUAACCCAAGAUGACUUCCACUUGAAAAUCUUAAAGGAUAUUUCAUGUGAAUUUCUUUCUAAUAUUUUGCAAGCAUUAACAAAGGAGACUGUGGCUCAGGGAUUAAAGGAGGGCCAGCUAAGCAAACAGAAAUGUUCCUGUGCAUUUCAAAACCUGCUUCCUUUCUAUCACCCUGUGGUGGAAGACUUUAUUAAACUCCUGCACGAAGUGGACCAGGCCUUCGCUGGUGACCUGGAGGAAAGCUUCCCGAGUUUGAAGGCUCAGACUUAACAACUGAGGUGGAAUUUCUUCUGCCCAAGAAAUAAACUGCUUUUUUAGAAGUUGAAAUCAGCGUAUAGGAAAUAUUAUCGAAAACUCAUACUCGAUGGUAAUUGCCUAAGGUUCCCCUCCCUGGCUUAUCUUACUUUGUCCCUUAAAUCAGGAGUGUCACCAGUAUCAUCUCUCCCCACUCCUUUAUGUUGGUCACGUGUCACUCCUCUUUACUUGAAAGCAAAUAUUCAAGUUUAUGCUGAGAUUUUUUUUAGACUAUUGAGGAGUUGGUGAGCAUUUUCUUGAGAACUUUUAAUUUGGUGGUUAUAUUUCUUUUUUGAGACAAAGUCUUGCUAUGUAGCCAGACUGACCUGGAACUCACUAUGUAAUUCAGCUGGCCUCAAACUCCUGUUCUUAUUUGUAUCUACUCCAAGCACCUUUAGUGGUGGUAGCAGAAAAUCCUGCUAUGGUAGAUGAUUACUAUAGAACUUACUGUAGUACUUAGCAGUAGUAAAAAAUCCCUGCUAGAGCAGUUUGAUCUGAUAGUGUUUAUACAUUUUAUAUAUAAGUCCAGAGGGGGGCAGGCCAGACCUUAGAAGUGGACAAGGGACCCUGUCUCCUCUCCCUUUUCUCCUCUCACCUUAUGUUCAUAUUCAUUGUUUUGUGGUCAAGGGGGCUGCCUUUUAUCUACGUUCAGGAAGGCAAAGGGCAAAGGGGCUUGUUUUCUGCCAGGACUUAGCCUUCUUUAUGGGAAAGGACAGCCUUCCUUGGUUUUCUGUGCCCCACGGCUUCCCUAGUUGGAAGGAUUUAAAAUCUCAUUGUCUUUUCUAGCCUCCGAAGCAGGGAAAUGCAUGGAAGAAGGAGGCGUAAAUGGCUUUCGAUUACCAGUUCGUGGUAUUACCACAGCCUGCUGAUACGUUUUAGCCAUCUUAUGGGUGUAAUUUUUGUUACUUCCUUGCCAGGUUAUUAGUAACAGUGCACAAGCAGUUACUACUCUUCAUUCACCUUUGUUACUUUUCAAGUGUUUUCUGUGUUGUAGCUGUGAAGGAAGAGAUAAUGACAUUUGUGUGAAAAAGGGCAUUAGUGAAAUUCUCCAUUUUUGGCAUAAUUCUGGUGGUUGAAUUACAGAAAAUGAUUUGCUUGAGCAAAUUGAGAUUUUUAACAUAGUGCUUUGUCCUCCUUUUUAGUGCUUUCUAAUGAAAUAUAAUCAGAUAACCAGGUACACCUAUGAAAGCAUCUAGUUUACAUUAUUUAAUAUAUUAAAAGUGGAAUUUUUGAUAGAUUGAAAGAAAAUAUAAGUUGCAAAAAACAAAGCCAGCUUUGUAAACCCAUCCAAAUUAUUUCAGACACUUUGAAUUUAAAAAGCAAAUGCCCUAAAUUUGAAUUUCUGGAUUCAAGCUCCCAGGUUGAAUUACAUUUUUUGGAGUUUAAGAAGACAUGUUC